AAAAAGCACAACUUGUCAAUGUCUCACAACUUAGGCAAACUACAGGGGCCAAGUGACCCUAAACUCCGCCUGAGUAAAUCCCCUUAUAUAAAGUCGGAAAAGUGCGCGCGGUCAUUGCGAUCCCGCAAGCGAGGAGUUACAGCAGAAGUGCGGCACUACUGUAUAACUCAUAAACCCUGGCCGUGUGCGUUUAAAUCUUUUUACGCGUCAAUUCGACUUUUGGAAAGUUUCAUCUCGGCUUCCAGCAGCUUGAGGCUCGUUUACGGAUUACUUUAAAUAGCAGACAAGUAUAGGUUACGCAGUUUUUGUUAGUUUCCCGGUAGCAAUGGCAGAAGGACACUUUCACCCGCGGGCAAGGGCAAGGAUACCGAUGGAUCCGUUUGGGGAACAAUCGCUAGCCUCCCGGUUCAUGGAUGAUCAGUUUACCAUGCCGUCCUUCCCCGAUGAUCUGUCCAUGGACUGGCCGGCAUGGGCUCGCUCCCGACUCGGCUCUCCCUUCUCCAGCGGUCUGCGCUCGUCUUUCCCACGUACGGCCGGGGGCUCCGCGCCCGGGGGCGCCACACGGUACAGCGACCCGCCGGAGACUCCCGGAGACCCGUGGAAGGUCUGCGUAAACGUCAACAGCUUCAAGCCGGAAGAGAUAAGCAUCAAAACCAAAGACGGAUAUGUCGAAGUUUCUGGGAAGCAUGAAGAAAAGCAAAAUGAGGGAGGCACCGUGACAAAAAGCUUCAACAAGAGGAUCCAGAUCCCAGGCACCGUCGACCCCCUGGCGGUCUUCGCCUCCCUCUCCCCCGAGGGCGUCCUCAUUAUCGAGGCUCCGCACACCCCACCCUACUACCUCUUCAGCAGGGAUGCCGUCGGCACCAAGGGUGGAGAGUCAGAGCCCAGUGCUCAGGAGACACCCGUGGCUUGACACAGGGACGCGCGUAGCUCACACACGGUGGGACAAUGACAAAGACCUCACCGGCCCCACAAUCCUCGGUUCUAACCCCCACCAGCCAUCCUAUUAUAAUUACCUUUCUUUUCUGUUGGAAUCUGAAUGAAAUGGACUGUAAAAUAUGCAUCUUCCAUAUUCCUGAGAUUAUUAGAGUUUAUAAGUAAUUUGUGUUCUUUUUUACUGGUACGUAUAAUUGUGGUAUAUAAAUCUAUAUAAAUAAACAGUCAGAUGACUAAAUGAU